ACCCGGCAGUUUUGACGGCGCGGCAGUCGGGAACGGUCUGACAGUUCCUUCGUGCGAGUCCCGCGUGUUGUUGCAGCGCCUUUGCACGCUUGCAACGAGCUCUCGGCGCCGAGCACGUGUUUCGUUUGCAACUUCGCGAAUGCAUCAGUUGUAGUGCGGUGAAACCGAGGAUGAUGGAAAAGUACUGAAGCUGUGAGCCUUCGAGCGCAGGGAAGCUCGGCGAGUGACUGAACCGAAAUUCCAUAACGGCAGCCGCAAAGGUUCGUCUUUUGGACAUAAACUUGUUAAUGACUCGCGGUCGAACCCGCUUGACGGUUCUUUGGCGAGGACCCGCUCGGUUACUGUUCCUGCUCACUGGGACACCUGCCUUGCUACUGCGACCGCGGAACUAGAGCACGAGGGACGACGCCCAUACCCGCUUGGCUCGCCCGGAGAGGCGUGCAGAGGUGCCCAUAGAACAGGACGUCAUUCUCCUACCAAAAGAGAGAUCUGAGUGCCUACGCCCAUCAAGCCCGCCCCCCCCUCCAUACAGCCGGAGGGGGCGCCACUCCCUACAUCUGGCGCGGCGGCAGUACAUCCCCGGAAACCUAAUAGGCAGUAGAGGCGGCAGUGCGUCCCGGCAGGACCAGGGGGAUUCGCCGCGCGCCGUGACACAGUGCCGUGGCGUGAACAAGGAAGGCAACUGGAGGUUUUGAUAGAGUUAUGGUUUUAGUGUGCAAUUAAUUGGAAAAAGAACAAUAAGUGGGUUUAUUGUGGCGGCGAACGGAAGUACGUUUUUGUGAUCUCGAGUGGCUGGCCUGAAAAUCCAUUAGCCGAGGACUGUUCCUUGCCUGUAGAACACGUGCAAAGACACUCUUCCUCCUGUUGGUGAUAUAUAUAAAAGGAAAGACCAUACGUUCCCUGUGCCAGGAUUGCUAUGGUGGGUGAGGUGUGAUUGCAGAGGCACCGAGGAACCCGCAAGCACCACACGCACUCUUGACGGAUAAAACGCACGCACAGGGGCCCCGGGCUUGAUGGGGCCGUCGUAACGCACACUGUCUUCACCCGGUGCCCUUCCACGCGGAAAAUGCUCUUCAUCUACAGCCACUAUCACGGUCUGCCCAUCAUCCAGGAGCUGACCCACAAGUAUGGGCUGCAGGCGGACUUCGGCGAGGCGACGCUGGGGCAGAAGCUGGAGGAGCUGCGGGAGCACAUUCGGAAGGAGAUUCGCAAGGAACUCAAGAUCAAGGAAGGCGCCGAGAACCUCCGGAAGGUCACCACAGACCGGCGAGCGUUUCAGGACGUGAGCCACAUGGUGAAGGAGGCCAACUCCAAACUCUCGGCCCUGCAGCAGGAGCUCCAGGAGCUCGACUCCCAGAUCCUUCUGACGCAGGGCCAGGGCGGGGCCUCUCUCGACUCCUCCUUCAGUAAUAACUUAGGCAAUCUAAAAUAUUGUAAAGGGCCCUACGGCCUCUUUUAUAUAUGGGUUGAGGUCUCUCCUCUUGGAAAUUAUAAGGGCCAGAAAAGAGGACUUUAA